GGACUAGCAUCGUCGUUAGCGCAAAAUGUCCCCCAAAAUACUUUCAAUAGUAGGAGCUCCUGCACCUUAACCUAAUUUCAGCCUAGUUAUUAACUUCCGCUGGUGUUAGUUCAACAAAUGAAACAAACUCAACAACGUUGUCUGCAAAGUAUACAAAGCAAAAACUAUCAAGAACACAACUGUCUGUAGGGUUUUUGUGUCUACCUAGGUUAUGUUAAUCAGCUCUCGGGAAGGGAAAACUGAAGAAUUUUCAUGGGCAAUAUUGAGGUUUGGUUGGACAACCAUCUUAGAAGUAAUUGUGCAAUUGACAUUUUUUGCGAGAUAUCAAUUUCUGGUUGUGCUUGUUUGAAUCAGGGAAAACUGAAGAAUUUUCUGGUUGUGCAUUUGAUUGUUGAAACCGAGGUUAUUAACCUCUUUCUAAACUUUUGCUGUCCAUUAGGGGGAAAGAAAUGGACGGGAUAAAGGCUUUGUUAUGUUGUUGACUAGAGUGAAGAAAAAAUGGGUUCUACAGUUAUCCCACCGAAAUCGAUGAUCGAGGUUCCUUCUUUGCAUGGACUACAUUUGAAUUGCUGCCAAAUGGAACUUAUUUCCGGUUAUAGCGCUAAUGCGAUGGCAAAAGCAUCAUCAAUUCACUUCAGCUGCUUAACCAAGGUUAUGGGAAGCUAGUCGAUGCGUCAAAGUUGAUAGAAGUGAUGGCUCGUAGAAACCAAAUUCCCCAUUUCCCUUCUUGCAUAAACUUGAUUAGGGGCCUUGUCAAGAUUGACCGGAUAGACAGAGCUGCAAAAGUCCUAAAAGUUAUGGUUAUGUCUGGUGGAAUUCCAGAUACUAUAACUUACAACAUGUUGAUUGGUGGUCUGUGUAAAAAGGGACAGUUAAAAUCUGCCAUUGAUGUCUUGGAGGACAUGAGCUUGAGUGGUUGCCCCCCGGAUGUGAUUACUUAUAACACGAUAAUACGCGUCAUGUUUGAUCUUGGGAGGUUUGAUCAGGCCAUUGGAUUCUGGGAAGAUCAGCUGAGAAAGGGAUGCCCACCUUAUGUAAUAACCUACACAAUUCUCAUUGAGCUAGUCUGCAAGCACUGUGGGAUUGUUCAGGCUAUAGAAGUAAUGCAAGAUUUGGCAGUUGAGGGCUGUUAUCCUGAUCUCGUGACCUACAACUCAAUGAUUAGUUUUACAUGUAAACAAGGAAACGUGGAAGACACAGUGUUGGUUAUAUAUGAUCUUCUAUCACAAGGAAUGGAGCCCAAUGCCGUAACAUACAACACUCUUCUCCAUUCUCUAUCUAGUAAUGGUUGUUGGGAUGGGGUGGAUGAGAUCUUUGCUUUUAUGAACAGAACUUCCCAUCCUCCUACAGUUGUCACUUACAACAUUUUGAUAAAUGGUUUGUGUAAAUAUGGGCUUUUAGAUCGUGCCAUUGAUUUCUUUGGUCAAAUGGUUUCCCAAAACUGUUCUCCAGACAUUAUCACUUAUAACACACUCUUACGUGCUCUUUGUAAAGAGGGAAUGACAGGUGAGGCCCUCCAAAUUCUUCUGUAUCUAGGUGGCACCAGCUGCUCGCCUAGUUUGAUUACUUUCAAUAUUGUAAUUGAUGGAUUGGCAAAGGAGGGUUACAUGGAGAAAGCAGUGGAAUUGUAUUGUCAUAUGAAAGAGCAUGGGAUUAUUCCCGAUGAUAUUACACACCGAUGCUUAAUUUGGGGGUUCUUCCGGGCAGAUCUAGUCGAGGAUGCUGUGGAAAUAUUGAAGGUGAUGACUAAGAGAAAGCACAGGAUUAAAAAUAGUGCUUACAGGUUCAUGAUCCAUUCAUUAUGUAAGAAAAACAAGAUAGAUAUUGCAAUCCAAGUCCUAGAAUUGAUGAUCUCAAGUCGUUACAGGCCUGAAGAGACUGUUUAUUCCACCAUAAUUAAAGGGGUAGCUUCGGCUGGCAUGACUGAAGAAGCUAUAGAACUACGCCAGAAAUUGAUUGAAUGGAAGGCUUUAAAAGAGCCAUUAUAGAUUCAGCAGGUGAUAUUAUAGAAAACUCAUUUUCAACUCUUUUGCUGGCCGGACAUGAGAUUGGCCAGUAUUUGCUUCAAGUUGUACAAAAUAUACCCACCAUCAAUUGCACCUCCUUGUCCAGUUCCUUGGUUGGUUCUCAUAUGCACUUGGUGAACAUACAUUUUUUUCUCAACUAAUGUUUGCUCUUGUUUAAUAUAAAUUUGUGAGGAUUAUCUGUGGUAUCAGCAUAUAGUGACUAUAUAUGUUUUCCUGAUGUGUUUGUGGAAUUUGUCUAUAGCAAGAAUAUUAUAGCACUUAUUUGCUUUUUAUUUUUUACUAUGUUAUGAUAGAAAUGAUCUUUGUGGCUCUGAUUUUUCCCAUAGAUUUUUUCUAUUCUUUUUUGGUAAAUAUCUUAUUAAUUUUUUAGUAUCAACGUAUAGUGACUAUGUAUGUGUUCAUGAUUUGUGAUUGUGGAAUUUGUUUAUAGCAGGGAAUAUUGUAGCACUGUACUAUGUCAUGAUUGAAAUAAUCUUCGUGGCUGUCUGUAUUUUUCCCAUG